UCUCUCUCUCUCUCUCUCUCUCUCUCUCUCUCUAUACUGCAAUGGCUGAAAAUCAAGAGCAGUCGAACCGAAAGGAGAAGGAAAUUCCUGUUUUCACAGUUUUGAAAAACAAUUGCAUCCUGAAAAACAUCUUUCUCCUAGAUAACCCUCCUUCGCUAAACCCUUCUUUAAUUUCCGCGGCGGAAAACGCCGAUCAAGGAUCCGAAACGGAAGAGAUAUUGGUGGUGGGGAGGCAUCCAGAUUGCAGCAUAAAGUUGGAGCACCCAAGUAUCAGCAGAUUUCACCUGCGCAUUCAUUCCAAACCCUCUUCUCGCUCUAUUUUCGUCACUGAUUUAUCCUCCGCGCACGGAACUUGGAUAUCUGGAAACAGAAUCGAACCAGAGGUGAAGACGCAACUAAACGAGGGUGAUACGUUGACUCUUGGGGCAUCGAGCAGGCUAUACAGACUUAACUGGGUCCCACUCAGCCGUGCUUAUGAUAUCGACAAUCCAUUUGUGCCUCAAUUGGACGGUGGAGAUACAAUCGAUGAAGAAACAGAAGAGGCGAUGAUGGAUCAGGAAAAGAAUUGCUCGUCUUAUAAAAAUGAUCAAGUGCAAACUCUGAGUGAUGAUACGGAAGUCAUAGAUAAGCUAUUGUCUGAAGAGGAUCUAUGUUCGUCAAUGCAAGAAAUUAGCUCAACGGUGCCAUUAUUGCCUGAAGAAAUUGAUCUCUCUGAUAAUCAGAUCUGUCGAUUUGAGAAAGAGGUUGUAACUCAGCUAGAAACAAUGGAGAUUUCGGAAAUGAAUUCAGAGAUGAAAUCAGGUCUGAAUAUUUGGUCAAGGAGGGGUAAAUCUGAAAGCGUGGGAAUUGAAACCGGUCGAAACAGGGGAAAUGGUGAAGCGAUUACUAUGGACUUGCAGGUUGAAUCACUCGUCGAUGAAAAUUACAAUUGUGAAUCAAUUAUCGAGGAUCAUUACAUUAGUUUUGAAAACAAUGAAGAAAUCUUCACGCCAGUCAAGGAGAACGAAUCAAUCUCGAAAGCUUCUAUUUGUCGGCUGGAUAUGUCGGAUGAAGAAGAACUAUACACACCAGACAAGGAGAAUAUGACUCCGAAGAGUCAUCUGCUUAAGUCCGUGAAAGUCGGGAAAUUAAAAGAAAUCUUCACACCAGACAAAGAUGAAGAAGAAAUAUUCACUUCAGACAAAGAGAAUAUGACUCCGAAGAGUCAUCUGCUUAGGUCCAAGAAAGUUGGCAAAUCAGAAGUUAAACAACCGAAGUUGUACAGAUCAUCGCCAUUAAAAACAAUUGAUUGUGGCGAGAAUCAGCACAGAGAAGUUCUUCAGACACGUCACUCAACAAGCUCUGCAUCGAAAAGUCGUCGAAGCUUGAAGAAACAGCCAGCUGUAUUAAAGGAAAGAGCAGAUAGGGACCCUUUUCGACCUCUGCCUAUGAACUCCAUUAGCAACCACAAGGCUAAACCGAAACCUUCGGUUCAUGAGGAAACGAUGAAAGAUAUCAAAACUAUCAACUAUCCUGAGUUUGAAGAAAUUAAUCCUUCACAUCAUAACACUAUGAAGGUGGACAAGAAAAAGUGGAUGAUUGUAGCAGACACUAGUUGCUUGAUGAACAAGAAAUCGCGGAGGGAGUUGCAGCUUCUGCGAGGUCUUCCAGGGACUACUUUAGUUAUCCCUCGAAUUGUUGUAAGAGAACUGGAUUGCUUGUUAAGACGUGGAAGUUUCUUUACAAGAACAACCGAGGUUUCUGCUGCACUGCAGUGGAUCGAAGACACCAUGUCGGUUUCGAAAGGAUGGAUUCAUGUACAGAGCUCAGCUGAAGAAUGCAGCCUUAUUCCACCGACCCCACCUGCUCAUCGGUUCUGUGAGGGCAAUAACGGUAUUUUCUCUCCUUAUAGUUUGCAAGAAAUCGUCACUCCAACUGCAGCAGACCAUACACUCGAAUCUGCUCUCUUCUUUAAAAGAACAAGGAACGAUGGACAACUUGUCAUUCUCAGCGAUGACGUCACUUUGAAGAUCAAAGCCAUGGCUGAAGGUGUAAUUUGUGAGACAGCAGAGGAGUUUCGAGGGAGUCUUGUGAGCCCUUUUUCGGAGAGGUUUUUGUAUGCCGAGAGUUCUCCAGUGGGGCCUACUUGGUCUAGUGUGGAUGAUGCUGUGCUUAAGGAGAGAUAUUAUCCGAGCUCUUUAAAGAGGCAGUCGAAAUCUGGAGAAGUUUCCGCGAAGGGAUUGAAG